CUCUUUGGGUUUUUCUCCUAUGGCUACUUCUUCUCUCAACACACACUCUCUCUCUCUAACCCACAGCCAACUGGCAACCUUGAUUGAUUUCACAAGCUGAUAAAAAUAAGGCCAAAGGGAGGGUCGAAAAGAUAGAGCUAAGGACAAAACUAGUCUAGGAUUUUCAUUUUGAUUCGUUUGGAUUUUCCCUUUUCCCCAUUACCCAUUUCAUUUACCCUCUCUCUCUCUCUCUCUCUCUCUCUCCCUCUCUCAAUUUGCUUCCCCUGUUUCUCCUCUUAUAAACAGAGCUAACCCAGAGCAAGUCACAGCUCCAUCAUCAAAAAACCCUUCACCAGCCCACUUCCAUAUUCCAUUCUUUUCAUUCAAUUCCCCUCCUCCCCUGCUCUUGCUUUGCUUCCAAACUUGUAAAAAUAGGAAAAGAAACAGAAUAAGAAAAGAUGGAUGUGCCAUCAGCUUCUCAUUGCAGCAGCAGCGGUUGCGAGUCAGGGUGGACAUUGUACUUGGACCAAUCCUCCUUCUCCAAUUACAACGACGGGAAUCCGUACCAGAGCUAUGCGGCCGGCUACACGGUGAAUAACGAUUCCGGUAUAGGCAAUUACGGCAGCCGCGCGAAGCUGCAGUACGAGGAGGAAGAAGAAGAUUUGUCCAUGGUUUCGGAUGCCUCUUCUGGGCCUCCCACAGGUUACUAUGACGAAGGAGAAGGUGAGGAUUGCUGUAAUAACAGAAGCACUGGCAGCAAGAAAAAGAACAGCAGUAGAAGCUGCCAGUCAUUGCAGCAGAAACAGUUUCAUCAUCAGUAUCUCGAUGACACUGCUAGCUCCCCUGCGUUAAAGACCAAGAAGCAAUUGAACAAGAGCGAUUCUUCAGCGGAGGAACUUUCACAAGGGUUUUCAGCAACACAUUUUAAGGGGAAGUCUCUACUGAAGAAGCACUUUGGGUUCUUCCAUUCUUCUCAGUCGGUUUCAAAGGAAGCAGGUGGUUUUCCGGGGAGGAAGUGGAAAUGACAAGUGAUGGAAAUGAGGCAGGGGAGCCCAAACCACCAAGAAAACAAAAAAUUCAGAAAUAAAAAAAUUGGGAAGAACUGAAAGGAAAAAGUAAAAAAGAAAGAAAAAAAACAUAUCGAUGUCAAAGAGAUAGAGAAGUGUACCUUUUUCUUCUCUACUUGUCCAUUUAUCUAUCUUUUAUUCCAUUCUUCCAUUCCAUUAAUUUAUUUUUCUUUACCUUCUUGUUUCUGUAUCUAUUCUGUCAAUGUAGUUGGGAACAACCUGAACAAAUCAAAGUUCCAUUUAAGAAGAGAAAAAAAUUGUCCCUAGGUUAGGGAAGAAGAAGAAGAAUGAUGUGGAAACUGGAAUGUGGUCCAGUGAAGAACAGAGUGUAAUUAGGAAGAGAAAUGGCGCCAUUGAAUGGCGCGGGGCAUGCAUAUGCAUUCGAUAUUAGUUCCAACCCCACACAACGGCGCACACACAUGCACACAAAUAAGAAGCGCCAAAGGAGAGAUGGAGAAAAGGAAGAGGGGGGAAAAAAGGACGAUCACUCUCUAGGCCUAAUUCCAAUCCUCAUGAGAAAAGGACCAAAUAGCUGACCAUGCACACCUUGUUACCUGACCCACCUUCUGCAUUUGCCAGCCUAGCCCCCUCUAAACUACCCUGGGUAGGUGACUUUGGCAAAUCAGUUAUUCCGAAUACCGAUACGUCUUAAUAUGGUUGAUGUGUGCGCGCUUUUUUUUCUUUCUUUAAGCCAAGACAAACUCGAAGGGCAUGGUAUAAAAUCGUCAAUGUAUGUUUUAUUCAUUUGCCGAAUGAUUUGGGCUGAAGCGUUCUUACGCGACAACCUCCUUAAUCAAGAAAAAUAGAGUAAUUAUUUUGAA